UAUCGUCAUGGAGCACACUUGAUAGUUUAUAUCGUAAAACGUGUUCCAUAUUUUCGUGCACUUUUUUCGUUGAUUCUUUGGUGCAGAUACUACGCGUAAUUAAGUAGGUAACUACGCAUCUGUUUUGUUUUCAUUCGGUAGGUAAUAAAGAUGAAUUCCGUUUUAGCUCUUUUGCUAAGUGCAAGUUUAGUGAUCACAGUAUCGAUUAUUCUGGUCGAGGGUAAGAGUACUGGGAAGAUGUGGGACCAAAGAUACAUCAAAGAGUGCAAGGAUGAACUAAACCUUACCAACCACCGCUUUACUGUGGCAGAUGUAAAAUCCAUUAUACCAACCACUCUAGAAGAAGGUUGCAUCUUGGAUUGCUUCAAUUUCAAAAUUGGAAAGAUUCAAAAGAUAAAAAUUACAAAUCGGACCGAACUAAAAUUCGUUGGUCAGCCACCAAAAUCAGGAACCGAUUUGACGAAGAAAUCUGCAAUUUACGUGAAGAAAGUGGUAGAAACAGAAGUAAAUUGUGCAAACUUUCUAUCAACUUUCCGUGUUAAGGAAUGCUACUUGGUUUCUCAGCACAGAUGUUGCGUUUAUAAAGUGUUGAAUUGGAACAAGCCCAAAAAUUUAACUUGUAAUACCAGUGAUGAUGCGUUUUACUAGAUUUCUCUUUAUUUGAAGCAGUAAUAUUAUUAGCAUUCUUUAACGUUUUAGCCUAAUUUUUUCCAGUGUUUUGUAGAAAUGUAAAUUUUAGGAUUUUUCGUUGAACUUUUUCAAUGCCUGGACUUCAUCUUUUCGCAAAUUUGAUUACUUAAACUAUUAUUUCUGUUACCUUUGACGACGUAAUUUCAUUUUUUAAAUAAGUUUUUUGGAAAUAGUUAUCAAAUUGAAGCUUUAAUUUUAAAAAAUUUUAAUUUCUUCGGAGGAUUAUACAGCAAAACAGAUGAAAAAGUGAUCUAAACUCAGAUAUGCUGAAUUUCAUUUUAUUUUAUUGACCUUUUGAUAAGUAGCAAUGGUGCCUAUGUAUGUUUCAAAACUGAAUCAAAUUUAAAUUUUCUAAAAUUGUUCAAAAGCUGGGAACUAAAUAUCAUGUCAGCUCGUGAAAUUUUGGCCUCGAGAUGUAUUUUUUGAUGCUAAGUUAUUUCUUAAAUUUUGCUGCAAAGUGGCACCACACAUCUUUCGUUAGGUUAAGUAUUUGGAGCCCAAUAAGAGAAAACUAGGUAAUAAAAUAGGUAACCGAUCAUUUUUCUAAAAAAAAGUUGAAUCUGGUCCCAUUUUAAUUGCAUUCAAGUAUCGAGGUCUUAUAUGUAUAGAAUACCAUUAUUGAGAGUCCAAAGUUUUCAAAAAAUCAUGUGAGAAAUAUUUUAAAAAGUGCUCGGAUGGCUGAAACCCUGUGAAUUUUUCAUUUUUUUCGUGAUAUGACGAUCAUCUCAUUUUCAAGUUCAUUAUUAUAGACUCGAGUGCGAAUUCAAAGCUCUACCUACCAUAGGAAUGACGACAUUUAGUUUGGUGUUGAGAGGAAAGUCGAAUUGGAAAGUGGAAACAUUCACGAAUUUUAUCGAUAAAAUAAUUUUUUAAUUUUUCAAAAUUGUCUCUUUGGGUUUAGAAAAAACUAGAAUAGGAAGGUAGGUAAUCGAGGUCUUGCUGAAAAAUUAAAAUGGACCAGGUGAAAAUAAUAAUUAUAAGUAAGGUACAUAUUUGUAAAAGUUGAAGUCAGAUUAUUGGAAACAAAUUUUAUCAAAUUUCAUCAAGAAAAUUAGGUAUUCUCAAAUUGAAAAAAUUCAUUUUUAUCUGAGAGGACUUUGAAAUAGAAUUCGUUCCAGGUCGAAAAUUUUAAACAUCUCAAGAAAGCUACAAUCUGUAGCUUCAAAAUUUAAAAAAAUUACGUCGCUUGAUAUUUUUAGCCCCCCCCCCCAAACAAAAAUCAGUUAAUAAUUUAUCAAAAUCUUCCUUCAGUUUACAAAAAAACAAAAAAAUCGUAAAAACUAAAAAAAAAAACUGAAUUUGUCGUAAAUUUUCUACAUUUUGGUUAAUCGUAUUUUUUGAACACUGAGUGUGCCUUUUUAGCAAACUUUUGAAAACCAAACCAUUUUGAAAAAAUUAUUUUUAUGACAAUUUUUCACCUUUUAUUUAUGAAAUAUCUAUCUAUGCGACCUACAUAUUUUCCAAAUAAAAUGAACCAUUAUGAAUUAAUUACUUCAUUUCAGCUCCUCUUCCUCUGCAUACUACUUGUAUGUAGGUACCUGCAGUUUAGGGUAAUUCUGAAGCCACUCACGACUUAUCAAUUUUCUCCAGAACUUUUAAAAAAGUUGAAGGAAUCCAUGGUUUGUACCUUGAAAAAAAAAUUUCCAAGUUUUCCAACCCUAUCUUGAAUAACACAUCGAAGUCUAUGCUCAUUGUGUGUACGAUUCCCUUUAUUUUAAAUAAACUCUCACUCCUUUCCAAAAAAACUCCAGCUAUUUUUAUGAAUAAUUCACACUUGAUAUUGAAAUCAAAUUUUCUUUGAAAAUUUUCACGAUGAUAGAUAUAGGUAGAUUCUUGAUAUGACAAGUCAUACAUAUGUUAUCAAUCCUAAUAGAUAAUUCGAAGUUGCUGAGUUUGAAUACAAUUUAUUUUUGAAUUAGGUAACCUAAAAAUGAUAACUCUCUUGGUUCAAGUUCAUUAAUAGACUGCAUGAGAAACCAUAAUAUGUUUUUAGUAUAGGCACUCAUUUGAAAUGCCUAAUCAAAGAACAUACAAAGAUUCGACCAAAUGGCAAUUAAGAUAAUCACAAAUUCAUCUAAAUUGUAUUAUUACACAGAUUACACUUUUUUCAACUUAACCUAUAAUUUUUAUUACCGUAUUAGGUAUUUGAGAUGAUAAAUGAGGUGAUUGCUAGCUAAAGUUUACAAAAAAUUCAAGGGUCAACUAUCAUUUUUUCAAAGGUUUAUGACGGGAUAAGAGUGUUUCAUAGACGUAUAAAUUGUCUGAGAAACGUCGUUACUGGAAACAUUGAUUGUUUUUACCUAUCUAAAACACGGUCGCGUUACCUAUACAUUUUCGUGAAUUUUUUCUUCGAUUCUUCGGUAUCUCUAUCUACAUACCAUAUUUUGUAUUCGUUCGAAAAAGAUGAAUUCCAUUUUAGUUUUUUUGCUUAACGUUAGUUUAGUGAUCACGGUUUCGAUUAUUCUGGUCGAGGCUAAGGACAACGGAAAGAUAAGGGAUCAACGAUUCAUCAAGGAGUGCAAGGACGAACUAAACCUUACCAACUACCGUUUUACUAUAGCAGAUCUCAAAUCCAUCGGUAUACCAACCACUCUAGAACAAGGUUGCUUGCUAGAUUGUUUUCAUUUUAAACUGGGCCAGAUUAAAAAGAAGAACCAGACAAGCUUCAUCGAGCAUGUAUUCGUUGCCCAGCCUCCAAAAUCAGGAACCGAUUUGACGAGGAAAAGUACAACUUUUGUGAAAAAAGUGGCUGAUGCAGAAGCAGCGUGCGCGGACUAUCUUACGCGUCAUCAUAUUGAAGAGUGUCACUUGGUUUAUCAGCACAGACAUUGUGUUUCAAAGGUGUUGAAUGGGACGCAGAUUCCCGAAAAACUAUCUGACGACGAAGAAUAAAAAUCUGCGUUCAUUUUUGGGCUGUUUAUUGCGAGAUUUUUCUGUAUUUAAAGCAGCUUUGUUAUUUCUAUUUCAUCUAUUUUUUUGUUAGCUGUACUAAACAAUGUUAAUUUUAGAAUUUUGAAUGAAUCUGCUUUGCUGUUAAGGUGUUACCUAUAAGGAUUUGAAAUACCUAGUUACACUUCGUUUAUAAAUUUUCUGUAAGUUGAUUGUCAACAAUCUACGAAUUCCUAGUAAUAAAAAUAUUAUUAUCAUAGA